AUGGCUAUCGGACAAUCUAUGGUGCUUAACAAAUCGCUACUUUGGUACCUCUUUAUUAUUUGGUCAUUUAUUGGCCUCCUGAUAGCUGUUCCUGGGGUUAUCCAGGAAGAAGAGUCCAAUCUUUGGAAUGUUCUUCAUAAAACUGCAAUUUCAAAGUGUACCCCUGUAAUGGAUUCAAAAAGAAUGACAUAUGAGGACCAAGACGAUCUUAUCACUCGUUGGUUUUGUUCUGAAGAGUUAUGGAGUGCUUUAAGUGGCCGGCCUGUUUUUGGUGGACAACUGUUUUCACAUCUCAUUCAUUGCGCACUUAAGAAGUACCCGACGUACACAGUGUUCUCAUCCAAUUGCACCUUCUAUCUAGAAACUAAGCCCGACAAGAAGAUAGUUUAUGAAAUCGAAACAGAAAAUCGAGCUGGCAAACAAAUGAUUGAGCUGGGUAUUACUGGCAAGCAAGAGUCAGAGAAUAAUGAAUACCAAGUAACUAUUCGUGGAACAGUCUUACUACACACUGGUACAAAAUUCACCGAUUUAAUCACCAAGCCAGCCACCGACCAUCUAGAGAAGUACUGCAAAGAUAAUAAGAAUAAUGGCACUAGCUCAAGUGACCAAAUAGCCAAUCCUUCUACCACUACUCAUAAGCAAGUAAGUAAUCUUAUAGACCUGUUUGAUACACCUGAAGUUUAUGCGGCUAACAAAGGAAUGACUCCCAGUACUAUUCGCAGCCAGAUGUGCCGCUUUUAUGCUGAGAAGUGUGUCCGGUUGAAAGGUUUAAGUGAUGAUCCAUGGAGUAGGUGUAUUCUCUUUGAUUUUAGCCGACAACCUCGCAAUCAAUUCUUCCAAUCCGAUUCCAGCCUAGCCAAAAUCUUACUUCUGGCCUUCCUGUCCGAUGACCACAUACUGGAAACUGCGAUUAUUUCCCAAAAUGAGGACAUUACCAGCAAGAUAUACAAUAUUCUUACUAUCACCCAUUCCAUCCAAUUCGCUAAUCUUGACGCCUUUGAAAUCCAUACUCCUUUCUUUUAUUCAAUUACAGUCAACCACGUCAUUAACAAUAUGGCCUACUGCACCGGUCAAAUUAUUCAAAACAAUCAAGUUAUUGCUUACGUCUGCCAAAAUGGUGCUAUUCGCAGCCGCCAAAAAACAGCUAAGUAA